GCGCACACAAAUACUAGUGUUGGUCGGCAAAAACCACUACUAAGCCCUUAAGCGGAAACAGUAUUAGAGAGUUGAAGGGGAAGGCUUGAGAUAUACACAAUGGGCGGCAACGGCGGAGAGAUCCUUAUGUUGGAGGCACCGCCUGACACUGCUCGGCCUUGGGCCUCUGCUUCCACAGCCGAGACUUUGGACGCAUUACCCUACAUCGACGACGACUACGGGAACUCAAAGGUCAAGGAAGAGGUUGAUCGAUUGGUCGAAGAAGAGAUGCGAAGGAGUAUCAAGAAGCCCGCCGACUUUCUCAAGGAUUUGCCCCCUCUGCCGACCUUCAAUUUUCAGAAUUACCCAAUGAUUGGAAAAGAAUAUGAGCGCGUUAGGGCGGGUAGGCCACCCGUGACCCUUGAUUUUUCUUCACGGUAUCAAGUUGAACCGCCGCCCUUGAAUAAGAGAAACGAUGAAACUGCUUGGAAACAGGCACUUCAAAGAGCUCAGCGCUCAUUGCAACAUCAAGUAACUAGGUUGGAAAACUUGGAGUUGAUGUUAAAAUACGGCCCUGAUGUUUGGAGACAGAACAACCAACGAUUGGAAGGGUUUUUGGCCAGAAUGCAAAAACUAGCUCAGGAGCAAAAUGAGAAGAUUGAAACUGUAAACCGUGAAAGAAAAUUUCAUCAGCAAAACACUGCACAUGAGCUUAAUGCUUUGUCUGCACAAUGGAAGGAGCUUUGUGUGAAAAACAUAGAAAUUCAUGCUGCAUGUGCUCAGAUUGAAAACUAUGUAGAAGAACUGAGGAGAGAAGCUGCUGAGAGAGGCUGGAACUUGGAAGCUAAUUUGGAGAAUGGUGCUUUGUCGCCUUCAGCACAGCAAUGCUUUCAAAAGAUAUGAGAGAGAUUAUGGUUUGUACGUGGAUGGAAAAUUGUAGCAGUUUUUAGGGGUAAGAUGACAUCAUGUUUCUACUUGUGAACCUCAUUUACCUAUUGUAAUUGAAGUUUUUUGUUUGCACAAUGACUCUUUAAAGUGUUAAAGACGAGACUGAUUAUUUAGUCCCAUAAGAACUACUCUGGUUUUGAUUUAGACAACAUUAAUUGUGCUAUUUAGUUUGCCUUCAACUAUAAAUGUUUCACUUUA